AUGCCUCACAAGACAGAAGUCAGACCAGCACCAGCAGAUAUCAUCGAAUGCCAAGCUGCAGCGUACGAAUGGGCUGAGAGCUACGAUAGCAAAGACUGGGACCGUCUUUCAAGAUGCCUCGCACCGGAACUCUACAUUGACUACCGCACCGUAAUGGGAAUGAUGUGGGAGAAAAUGCCAGCCGCAGAGUUUCUCGGUAUGGCGUCUAGCCCAAGGUUUCUCGGUAACGCUCGCAUCAAGACACAACAUUUCAUGGGCCAGACAAAGUGGAUCCAAAAGGAACCGGGCUACAUUAUCGGACACCAUCAAAUGCGUGUAGCGCAUCAGAAGUAUGAGGAUGAUGCGCUUACGCAGGUGCUAUACAAGGGUCAUGCGCAUGGCAAUGCUACUUUACAUUAUCGUCAGGUCGAUGGCGAGUGGAGGUUUGCGGGCCUUGAACCUGGUAUUAGGUGGUCGGAGGGAGACUACGGGAAGAUUUUCGAACAGUGA